GUUGACUCCCAUGUGAGUAGCUUGGUUUUGCUUUCUGCUUUUCUUUUGUUGAGAGGCAUCUUCAAGUUAUCGUCCCCAGCCUGGCCCUCAUGCUACCUUGGCUCCUGCUGUUUAUCUGUGCUCCACUCUGUGAACCUGCUGGUGAGUUAUGCUUCCCAGUCUUCCUCGAAGUCUAGAGAGUACCUUGUCCCCUCAAUCAGCACACAAGGCCUGUGGAUGACUGAAGAGCCAUGCCUCUGCAAGACACAAACUUCAGAGACUUCUGGGAGCAGGCUGUGACCUGUGUCUGUCCAGCCGGGUGAGCUGGUCUGGAGCCACCUCUGGGCUCCAGCAGUGGCAGAAAGCAUCAGAGAUUUACUUAGAAGGAGUUUGUUCUUCAGAGGCCCCAGGUCCCCUCUGUGCUCUUUAGCUGGGGGAUGCACCACCAGUGGCUGAAAAGAUGAAGUCACAGAGUCACAGCACAGCACUAUCAUUAGUCCCCAGUCAAGGCAGACUCCAGCAACACUGCUGCCUCCUGCCAUUUGUAGCUCCACUCUAGUUGUAGCUGCUCUCUCUCUCUCUCUCUCUCUCUCUCUCCCUGCCUGCCCGCCUCCCUCUUUCCCUCCCUCCCCCUCUCUUUCUCUGUGUGUGUCUGUCAGUCAGUUGUCUGUCUCUGGCAUAUGCAAAUUUAAUUGACUUUCUUACCAGAAGAAAUUUUCUCUGUGAAGUUUAUGCAAAUCUACCAGGUCUAAACUGAUCUCCUGCACACAAACUAUGAGCCACAAGGUUAAAAAAAAAAAAAAAAAGAUUGCCUGGUGCACCCAGCAAUGUGGUAUCAUAGGUUCCCCAUCUGGUCUUCCGGGUCCCUGGCUGGUAUCCAAAUUUAACUCAUGUGUGCUAAUACUACAUGUGCUGUGUGCUUGGUUUCCCCUUUUCCUGUAAGCCCAGGUACUCAGUCACAGCCUACAGGGAAAUACAAAUCCACAUCAAUGACAAGGAAAUAGUUGGUUUACAUGUUUUUAAGAAAACCUCUGAUGCUUGAGAAUUAUCUGAAACAAGCCUUGAAUUAUAAAGCAAAACCCCAAACUCUUGCAAUGAGGUCUGUCUGGUUCCUUGCUCCUUGUUUUGCUGAUCCUGGCAGGAGAGAGGCCUGUAGGUGCCUUACACCUUUCUUUCUCAACCUGGUUUCAAAUGCUGGGAAGUUUAUCUGAGGACUGUAGAUGGCCACAAAGAGAAGAUGCAGGGUUAUUCCAUACUUGGAGCAAAUGCUAACUGUGGGUGUAACUGAUAUCUAAAAGGAUGCUUCAAAAAGCCUUCAUGUAAGAAGGGUUUGAGGUCAUGAACUAGGUAUCACCAGGGACCCACAGGGCUUGGUAUUUUUCAUCUGGUGAAAAGAGAAAUAGUUUCUCUUAGGAAAACUUAUGAAUGUCUCCUAAAUUGAGAGGCUCUAAGGGUUAAUUAAGCGAAUGCCCAUGGAGACUGUGGCAUUUCAUGGGCUGAUGGGAAGAUGAAGGGAGAGCGCAGCUUCAAUCAUCUUUACAUAUUCAGAAAUGAGUUCCUAAAACUCCAAAGUACCUAUCCCUAAGACUUAUGGCAGGGAUUAAAUUUUUAUUUCAUCUCAUGGAUUCUGCAGAGGUUUUUAUAGGAGUUCUGAACCCAGGGAUCUCGGUUGUGUGGAUGAUGGGCUCAGGGAAUUUCCAAGCAAGUGUCCUCCCUUUUCCCCAUCAGGAACUGUAACAUGCAGUCAGGGAGAGUCAACAGAGAACUGCACCCCCUUCUUGUUGCCAUGGUGUUGCUUCCAUAACAACAGAUUCCCCUGUUGUGUGUGUCUUUGAAAGUAAUGUCUGAGAUGUCAGGAAAAGGGAAACCUUUUUUCCUUAUCAAUAUGAUGUAUAACUAAGGUAAAAAAGUGAGCUCAGUUUUAGCCCAAUGGUAGAACACUUGCCCACACACAUAACACUCUACUGCCUUGAUUUCGGUACUAUCAAAAGGAGGAGGAGGGGAAGAAAAUGUUGUUCUUGAACAACAACAAAAGCAGGAGGAAGAGAGGAAGGAAAGAAAGAAGGGAGGGAGGAAAAAGAGAGAGAGACAGAGAGUUUACUAGACCACCAAGCUUCAUCAAUAUACUUCAAUAUACUUGCUCUGAAUUAUGCCAGAAACUUAAAAAAAAAAAAAGAAUAAUGAGAUCUAAGCCACAAGUAAAGAUUGCCUUCUAGGAGCUGGUGCCAUUGAACAGGGUUAGGGUAUACAGAAGGAGCAGGAUGGUUCACACCCAAGAGAAACGCAUGGCUAUGAGGUGGUGGGAGAUGUAUGUUCUUGAGGCUGAGAACAGAAAAGAUGCCUAAUCAGGAACACUGCCCUGGAGUUUGUGUUCAUGUCUUUUCUCUAGAGCUAUUUCUACACCCUGUGCUACAAGUCAGUCCUUCCCAUCCCCCAGAGGGUCACUCUGUGACCCUGACCUGCAAGACCCUGGUCCUCACACAGAGCCCACGUAUCCAGCUCCAGUUCUGCUUCCUCAAGGAUGGCAAGGUCCUUGGGUCAAGCUGCAGCCCCUCCCCAAAGCUUCAGAUCCGCCCCAUGUGGAAGAAAGACCCAGAAUCUUACUGGUGCUCGGCAGCAGCGACAACUCACAAUAUCAAAAAGUGGAGCCAGGCAGCCCAGAUACAUGUGCAGCGAAUCCCUGUCUCUGAUGUGAACUUAGAGACAUGGCCCCCAGGGGGAUGGGUGAUGGAAGGAAACAAACUGGUCCUCAUUUGCUCUGUUGCUAAUGCCACUGGAAACAUAACAUACUUCUGGUACAGAGGGAUCCUGGGUUCAAACCUGGAAACAAAGACACAGCAUUCACUGACGGCAGAGUUUGAGAUCAUCAAAAUGAAGGAAAGUGAUGCUGAACAAUACUACUGUGCAGCUGACAAUGGCUAUGGCCCUGUUCUCAGCGAUCUGAUGACUAUCACUGUCAGAGUUCCAGUGUCUCGCCCUGUCCUUACCUUUGGGGACUCUGGGACCCAGGCUGUGCUUGGGGACCUGCUGGAGCUUCACUGUGAGGCCCUGAGAGGCUCUCCCCCAAUCUUCUACCAGUUUUACCAUGAGAAUGUCACUCUGGGGAACAGCUCAGCCCCCUCUGGAGGAGGAGCAUCCUUCAUUUUGUCCCUGACUGCAGAACAUUCUGGAAACUACUCCUGUGGAGCCAGCAAUGGCCAGGGUGUUCAGCGCAGCGAGGUGGUGACUCUCAACCUAACAGGUCUGUUCUCAGUGCCCACAGAGUAUGGAAGCAGGCGUCUCACCCCAGGAGUCACUGAGUGGCUGCUUGGCUGUCUUGGCUGUCUUGGCCCCAUCGCCUUGGCCCUAAUAUUUUGCUACUGGAUCAAGAGAAAAAUAGGAAGACAAUCGGAUGAUCCACUCAGGAGCCCUCCUAGGCCUGAGCUCCAAGAAUCCACCUACCUUAACUCACCUGACCCAAGGCAUCUACAGUCCGUGUAUGAGAACGUGAAUGUUGUAAGAGGUGAUGAAAUUUACUCACUGGUGUACCAUACCCAGCAGGACCUGGAACCGGCAGCGGCUCAGUACGUGAUGACACACGGGACAAGUGAGGCCUUCUCUGAAAUCUACUCCAGUCCAAGGAAGAUAGAUACCACAUACAAGGACUACGAAGAUGCUAUGUAAAAGUAUGUGAACAGCACCUCUGAAGGGCUGUGGAAAAAGUCAAAGGCUUGAUGCUGGGAAGGGCUAGCUUGCCGGUACACCUUCCCAUAUGCUGCCCUUCAUGAGAUGGUUCCUUCACUUACCCAGUGUGAAGUUGGUACAAUAAGUCCUGAAGAAAGUACCCAGGAAAAUCACCUCAGGCCCAGAAGCUGCAAGGAUUUGCUGACAGCAUCUGACUGUUGUUGCCUAUUCCUGUUGGGGCAUGACCAAUUGCAGCCUAAAUUUGUUUGCAAGAGGAAAAUGGUGUCAUGAAAGCAACUGAGGCUUGGAGCAGAGUGACUCAGAGUGCACAAAGCCAACUCCAGUGAACUUUGCAGGUCUGCUGUGUUGAGAGGGCUUUUCUUCCUCUGUACAUAUAUCCUGUCUCCACCUAGAAUACCUGACUCUGUGCUUUGAGUCGCUGUCAUCAAUUGAGAAUUAAAGCACAGUUGCAAAAAUUU